CAUAGGCCUUGACGGGUGACAUAGGCCAACUCCAGGCACUGCAGGAUGAAAAUGCUGAGCUGCACCAGAACCUGAUGCAAACAGUGGUCUGCAUUGAGAGCCUGGAGGAGGAGCUAGCCAGGGCCAGGGGAGGAGCUAAGCCACAUGAAGGAGAAGUUCAAGAGGCUCCAGGACACAUACACAGGUACCCAGCACACCAACAGCCUUCUGGGGGAGAAACUGCACUCAGCGACCGAGAGCCUUAGCUCUGAGAGGAAAUAUAUGGUGCAGCGUAUCACCCAUCUCAGCACAGAGCUGGAGCAGGCCAACGCCACCGUCGCCUCUCUGGAGAACAUCAAUGUGAGCACAGCACCAUCUACUGAGCAAUAUAUGAACUAAAACCCACACUAGCUUUGUUCAUGUACUGGCAACAGAAAGAGUGGUGGAAAGACAAUAUGAUGAUUUGUAAAGUUGAUAGUGGCCUUACAUUAAAAUACUGUAUCCAUAAUCUCCUCAACUCGUGUUCAGCUCAUUGCAGACUACAUGAUCAUUUCUUGUAACUCCUCUACUGGUUUCUCUAUGUCUGUUGUACUGUAUGAACUGAGAGGAUGUCUGUGCUGCCCUCCAGGUUCACUGUCUGAUCAAGGAGCUCCUAGAAAAGCACUGUGACUCUGGAGACGCUGUCAAGCAGUUUCUGAAGAACGCCUUGAAAACCGGCCAAUCUACGGGCGACAUCGAAUCAUUCACUCCAAAACUGGAGCAGAAGCCGUCUGAUUGGCCAGGCGUAGGACUGAGGGAGUUUGAGGCGGGUCCACAAAAGGUCACUGCUUUUAUGCCCUGCAAGCAGGAGAAGGAGGGGUUUGGGGUGAUAGGUCAGACAGGAAAUGAGGAUUCUCGCCCGAUGAGUCCCCCUUUCUCCGUCGCUGACAUCAGUAUGGCUAUCUAUAAGAAGAUAGCUGCCAGCCAAGCGGCAAGACAGCCUCGGCCUUCCAACUACCAACUUCACACUGACACCCCUCCCAACCCCUACCCUCUGGUGGAGUUGGGUGCAGGGGGGGAGGGUUACCUUGUGCCUUCUGUCAAGGGGGGCGUGGCAGAGGCAGGGAGAGCAGCUGAGAGUAAGCAGGGUGCUGUUGUUGAUGUGUCCUAUCUGACGGCCCAGAGGGUUCUGGAUGACUUCCUGCACCAGCUGACGCACCCAGAGGA